CAAAAAAAAAAAAAAAAUGCAUUAAAAAUAUAUUUCCCGUAAACCCUUCUUCAACCCUUUGAUCUUUCUCGUUCUCACGGUGUUCAACUCAUUCAAAUACCCGCUCACUGCUAAAACAAAACAAAUAUAAAGCUGUCAUCUUUUAAUUUAAUGAAGCUGCUGCUUUGGCGAUCAAAUCACCACCAAUGGCGAAGUGGGUAUCGAAUUUUAACGUCUCAAUUAUUUUCGAGCUCCUCUUUACCGCCGCUAGACACUCUUUACAGCCGGAUAUCGAGGACGGGACAACCAUCCAUCUCAGUAAUUCCAGUUAUCGAGAAAUGGCUUGAAGAAGGCAAAGCUAUUAAGCAAACUGAGCUUCAAAAAUUUAUCAAACAGCUUCGCAAGUAUCGCCGCUAUGGCCAUGCCCUUCAGAUAUCUGAAUGGAUGACUGAUCAAGGGAGCUAUCAACUAUCACCUGGUGAUGUUGCGAUUCGGAUUGAUUUGAUUUCAAAAGUUCAUGGCGUGGAGAAAGCUGAGGAAUAUUUUGACAGCAUUCCUGAUACUUCAAGAACCCUUCAGGUUUAUGGUUCUCUAUUAAAUUGCUACGCACACUCCAAAAAUUUGGAAAAAGCAGAGGCUAUUUUUCAGAAGAUGAAGGAAUUGCGAUUUUUAAAGACUUCGCUUUCUUACAAUGUAAUGUUAAGUCUUUAUUCACGGAUAGGCAAGUACGAGAAACUAGAUCCUCUAAUGAAAGAGAUGCAAGAAAAUGGUGUAAGUUGUGACAUGUACUCGUAUAACAUACGGUUAAACGCUUAUGUAAUCUCUUCUGACAUUGACGAAAUGGAGAAACUUCUUAUGAAGAUGGAAGUGGAUCCUGAAAUCACCAUGGACUUCCAUGCUUAUGUUGUUGCUGCAAAUGGUUAUCUUAAAGCAGGCCUAAUCGACAAAGCUUUAACGAUGUUGAAGAGAUCGGAGCAAUUAGUUAAUGGUAGCAACAGAAGGUUUGCGUAUGAAGUUCUCAUUACUUUACAUACUGCUGCUCGAAAUAAAGCUGAUGUCUAUCGUAUUUGGAAUAAGUUGAAGAACAUCGGCAGGUUCUUGAACUCGAGUUAUUUACAUAUGAUUAGUUCAUUGGUGAAGUUGGAUGAUAUAGAUGGUGCCGAGAAGAUCUGGGAGGAGUGGAAUUCCGGAAAGGUACUUUUCGACAUUCGCAUUCCGAAUUUGAUGAUUAAUGCGUAUUCCAAAAAAGGCGCCUUUGAUAAGGCUGAGAGUUUCAUAAACAAGAUAAUAGAGAGCGGCAAUAAGCCUGAUGGUGCUUCAUGGAAUUAUCUGGCAGUCGGAUAUAACGAAAGAGAUCAGAUGGAGAAAGCAGUAGAAACGAUGAGGAAAGCAAUUUCGGCAAGUAAAUUAGGAUGGAAGCCGAGCCUUCCGACUUUAUCGUCCUGCAUUUGGUAUUUGAAACGGCAGGGAGAUGUGAAGAGUGCAGAAGAGUUAUUGAAGUUGGCUAAGGAGCAUUGUCAAUUUUCAGCAGGUGCUUAUGAUAAGAUAUAUAGUUAUUAUGUUGACAAUAAAAACCUUGCAGAUCAAGAGGAAGACACUGAUCAGAAUUUUGUUGAAGAACCACCUACAACCUUGGAGUUGGCAGACAAGUGAAGCUCCUAACAUAAACAUUAAGUAAGUUGAAUUCGAGGUUUGUUUUUCUUCUUCCAAUUGCACUGACUAUUUCUCUUUAGUGUAAUAUUUAGGGGUGAGCAAAUGGUCUAUUCUGUUAAAAACUGACCGAUUUAACCAAAACCGAACUGAAUUGCUUUAUUUUUUAACCGAGCUGGCUGAAUUAAUUGAAAUGCCUAAAAGUUUAAAAAUAUUAAGCCAAUUGAAUAAAUUAGUUGGUUAAUUCGGUUAAAUCAAUAAAAUAUAUAGAAAGCAUUCGGCAGGCGUCAGCCCUCAUAUAUGGUCUUUCGACUUCAUGGAGAGACUUGUGUUUUUGGUAGUCGGGAUUCUGUUAUAUUCGCUUUAUUUGGUUAAUCAGAUUUUCAAAAAAAAUUAACCAAAUCAAACCGACUGAACUAACUGAAUUGAACGAAAAUCUUUAACCGAAUCAACAAAAUUUAUCAGUUAAUUCAAUUAUAUCGAAUUUGUGCUCACCCCUCCUCUCGUAUAGAUUCUAGUUAGUCCUCGAUAAAUUUGAAUUCACUUUAUCUGUUACGAUUGGAUUAUUUUUUGUCAGCUAACAUAGUUAUUUGACGGAGGGAUAGCAGUGAAUUUGAACAAACAUUAGAGCAAUUUUUUUGUCUACUUUCCUUCACCGCAGACUGAUGAUUUUGUCAAAUUUCAUUUAUUUUGUGAAUUGUCCCAUGAAUGGUGUAGAUGAGAAAUUAAGGAACAAGAAUUUGAUUAA